AUGAAUUUGGAAAUGACUUUUGAUGGCAAGAUGAUGCCUGUGAACGAGCAGCCUGAUCAGAAAUCAUGUCACAAGAAGGCUAAAGGUUUGCAUUUUCUCUCCUCCCCAUGGUGGUGCCCUGCUGCGAUGACGCUGGUCAUCCUUUGCUUGGGGUUAUCAGUGACCCUUAUUAUACAACGUAUGCAAUUACUCCAGGUAUCCAACCUCCUCAAGCAAUACCAAGCAAACCUUACUCACCAGGAACAUAUCCUGGAGGGACAGAUCUUAGCCCAGCAGCAGGCAGCAAACACUUCACAGAAGAAACUCAAGGAAAUGAUAGACACUCUCACCUGGGAGCUGAAGGAGAAAUCCAAAGAGCAGGAGGGCCUUCUGCAACAGAACAUGGACCUCCAAAAAGCCCUGCAGAGAGCUGAAAACUUUACAGGUAUAGGGGAAGGAGAGUUAGGUGUGACAGAGUCAGAUGUCCUUUCUUGGAAAGUAUCCAACCUCCUCAAGCAAUACCAAGCAAACCUUACUCACCAGGAACAUAUCCUGGAGGGACAGAUCUUAGCCCAGCAGCAGGCAGCAAACACUUCACAGAAGAAACUCAAGGAAAUGAUAGACACUCUCACCUGGGAGCUGAAGGAGAAAUCGAAAGAGCAGGAAGGCCUUCUGCAACAGAACGUGGACCUCCAAAAAGCCCUGCAGAGAGCUGAAAACUUUACAGGUCCGUGUCCACAAGACUGGUUAUGGCAUAAAGAAAACUGUUAUCUGUUCUCUUCUGAGCAGUCUUAUUGGGCAAAGAGCCGAGAAAACUGCCUGUCUUUGGAUGCUCAGUUGCUACAAAUUAAUAGCAUAGAUGAUCUGAACUUCAUUUCGCAAACAACUUCCCAUUCCACCUCCCCAUUCUGGAUGGGAUUGCAUCGGAGGAAACAAAAUGACCCAUGGUUGUGGGAGAGCGGCUCUCCUUUGCGCCCUCACUUAUUUAAUAUCAGGGGUAUUCCUCCCCGGACACACCCAUCAGGCACCUGUGUGUACAUUCAAGAGGGAGUUGUUUUUGCUGACAACUGCAUUUUAACUGCAUUCAGCAUAUGUCAGAAGCAGGCAAAGCUAUUGUUAAUGCAGUGA